AUGGCUCUUCGACAGGCUCUCUCCCUGCCGCCAACGCGCAUCUUUCUGUCGUCACAUUGUGCUGGAAGAAGGUUUGCAUAUCCUGUAAAGCCCUACUUGAAUGUCCGCCCAAGCCGUUCCUCGUCAAGCUCGACAUCUGCGCUCGCCUAUAAAUCUCUUCAUCGCCGUUCUCCUCUCCCUCUCCCAGUUGCCGAUAGCCCAACUUGGUCCGCACCUGCGGCAGUCUCGUCAAUUCUCUAUGAAACCCCGGUGCCCUCGAGCAAACCUCCAGAGCGUCAUGUGCUAAAUUGCUUGGUACAAAAUGAACCAGGUGUUCUCUCUCGCAUCUCUGGAAUUCUGGCAGCUCGUGGUUUCAAUAUCGACAGUCUUGUCGUCUGUAAUACUGAGGUAGAGGACUUAUCACGGAUGACAAUUGUCCUUCAUGGACUAGAUGGUGUGGUUGAGCAGGCCCGUCGUCAACUGGACGAUCUCGUCCCCGUCUGGGCGGUUCUUGAUUACACUGAUUCAGCUCUGGUGCAACGCGAGCUCCUUCUUGCCAAAGUUAGCAUUCUAGGACCUGAAGUGUUUGAGGAACUCCUCCAACACCAUCGUGAAAUAACGACCCCAGAAAAUGAGGGAGCGGUGUCCGGCUCUUGUGAACAACAACCCCAAUCGAACGAGAGCAAGCAAGGGAAAUCAAAAGAAAACCGACAUGCUACUGACUAUCACCCCAGCCGCCUGGCGCAGAGUCAAGCCCUUCGACACAAACACGAGCAUUUAGAAGCCAUUACUCAUCUGACCCAUCAGUUCGGCGGUAAAGUGUUGGAUAUUAGCACGAACAAUUGCAUUGUGGAACUCUCCGCAAAACCGAGCCGCAUCGAUUCCUUCCUCAAACUGAUUUCACCGUUCGGCAUACUCGAAUCUACCCGAACAGGCCUGAUGGCCCUGCCACGCUCUCCGCUCACUGGGCCGGAUGAUGACCUUGAAAAGGACGCAACUGAAGUUGUUGACGCGAGUACUCUACCCCCAGGUUAA